UUGAAGCGCUUUAUUUGUUCUGAGACCUGCAUUCCCUCCACCAACUGCCAUCACCAUUGAGGGCAAAGGGACUCGUGUAUAGGAAACACAGACUCUGAGCUGGUUCUUUUGAAACGUAACAUGACAGGCGACUGUUCCAAAACAACCAGUAACAUACCUUCAUUACCCAUGGAGGUUGAUACUGCUUUUCUCAGAUCCUUGAGGGGUGUCCUUAAAUUAGCAGAGAUGGGGACUAUGUUUGUAGCAUGUGUGUGUUUUGCUGUAGCAUCCAGGCCCAAAUACAUUGCAGCUACAUGCAUGGAGUUUGUGAUCACAUUCUCCCUGCUUCUGCUGUACACACUGAAGUUGAACAAGAAGCUGACUCUGUUCUUCUGGCCUCUCGUUGAUUUGUUCAACUCACUGUUUGCAGCAGUCUUCAUACUUAUCCUGAGUCUGAUAGCAGUGUCCACUUACACAGUGACAGGGACCCUGGGUGGAGGGAUAGUGGGUUUCAUAGCAACAGGCCUGUGGUGUGUGGAUGGUUGCAUGCUUUUCAAGAGGGUCACAUUCAAUCAACCAAGAACAUCAGCAACUGGCACUGUGAAGUGAAGACACCACAAUUGUCUCUUCAGAUGCUCACUCUCAGAGUUACUCUGUCCAGUGUCUGUGUUCUUUCGACCAUCUUUUUUUUUGUGCACCAGGGCCUCCCACUCCUCUUUCUACUCUGGUUAGAGCCAGUUUGCGCUGUUCUGUGAAGGGAG